UGGGGGACACUGCGGGGGGCUGAGGACACCCACAGGACUGGCACAGAAAAGGGACACUCUGGGGUUGGGGACACUGCCACCCCUCUGUGCCCUCUGAGGUCCCCAUCCCAUAGCAGUGCCACCCGUGUGUCCCCUGUGCUGUCCCUUGCAGCAGGGACGGUCCCCAAGGUCCCCACCCCCUCCCAGUGCUGCCAGGUGGGUCCGGGGGGGGUCUGUCCCCCUUUGUCACCCCCUGUCCCCCGUGUCCCCGCAGAGAUCCUGGCGGGGGGGGUGUACAUCGAGAAGAACGCGCAGCUGUGCCACGUGGACACCGUGGAGUGGAGGGACAUCAUGAGGGACACGCGGCUGGAGCCGCUCGUGAGGGACAACGGCCGGGGCUGUGCCCCGUGCCACGAGAGCUGCGGCGGUCACUGCUGGGGGCCGGGCCCCGAGGACUGCCAGAAACUGACCAAGACCAUCUGCGCCCCGCAGUGCAACGGGCGCUGCUUCGGCCGCGCGCCCAACGAGUGCUGCCACGAGGAGUGCGCGGGCGGCUGCACCGGGCCCCUGCGCACACACUGCUUCGCCUGCCGGCACUUCAACGACAGCGGCUCGUGCGUCCCGCUGUGCCCGCAGCCGCUGAUCUACAACAAGCUCACCUUCCAGCUGGAGCCCAACCCCGACACCAAGUACCAGUACGGGGGGGUCUGCGUGCGCGAGUGCCCCCACAACUUCGUGGUGGACCAGAGCUCGUGCGUGCGCGCCUGCCCCAACGACAAGAUGGAAGUGGAGAAGAACGGGCUGAAGAUCUGCGAGCCCUGCGCGGGGCUGUGCCCCAAGGCCUGCGAGGGCACCGGUGCUGGCAGCAAAUACCAGACCGUGGACUCCAGCAACAUCGACACCUUCAUCAACUGCACCAAGAUCCUGGGCAACCUCGACUUCCUCAUCACGGGCCUGGAGGGGGACCCCUGGCGCAACAUCUCGGCGCUGGACCCCGAGAAGCUGAACGUGUUCCGGACGGUGCGGGAGAUCACGGGGUACCUGAACAUCCAGUCCUGGCCCAAGCACAUGCACAACUUCAGCGUCUUCUCCAACCUCGAGACCAUCGGGGGACGGAGCCUGUACAACCGCGGUUUCUCGCUGCUGAUCAUGAAGAACGAGAACGUGACCUCGCUGGGGCUGCGCUCGCUGCGGGAGGUGAGCGCGGGCCGCGUGUACAUCACCGAGAACCGGCGGCUCUGCUUCCUGCACACCGUGCACUGGGCCGCGCUCAGCCGCAGCCGCGCCGACCUCGACAUCCGCAACAACCGGCCCCGCAGCAAGUGCCAGCAAGAGGGCAAGGUGUGUGACCCGCUGUGCUCGGCCGAGGGCUGCUGGGGGCCGGGGCCCGGGCAGUGCCUGUCCUGCCGCUACUACAGCCGGAGGGGCAUCUGUGUGCCCACCUGCCGCUUCACCGAGGGGGACCCGCGGGAGUUCUCGCAGGGCGGCGAAUGCACCGAGUGCCACCCGGAGUGCGAGCGCAUCGACGGCGGCGCCACCUGCAACGGCUCGGGUGCCGACACGUGCACGCGCUGCGCCCACUAUCGCGACGGGCCGCACUGCGUGGAGCGAUGUCCCGACGGAGUCCUGGGGGAGCGCGGCCCCAUCUACAAAUUCCCCGACGGGAGCCGCGAGUGCCGGCCCUGCCACGAGAACUGCAGCCGGGGGUGUGUGGGGCCGCUGCUGCGGGACUGCCUGGGGGACCCCCUGCCCGUGUCCAGGCGGACCCCGACGCUGAUCGCGGUCAUGGUGGUCGGGGCCGUUUUCCUCUCGUGCUCGCUGGUGCUGCUGGCGCUGCUCUACUGGCGGGGCAAGAAGAUCCAGAAGAAACGCGCGAUGCGGCGCUACCUGGAGCGGGGCGAGAGCCUGGAGCCGCUGGACCCCAGUGAAAAAGCCAACAAGGUCCUGGCCCGGAUCUUCAAGGAGUCGGAGCUGAAGCGCCUCAAGGUCCUGGGCUCCGGCGUCUUCGGCACCGUGCACAAGGGGAUCUGGAUCCCGGACGGGGAUUCCAUCAAGAUCCCGGUGAGCAUCAAGGUGAUCCAGGACUGGAGCGGGCAGCAAUCCUUCCACGCCGUCACCGACCACAUGCUGGCCAUCGGCA